CCGCAAUUCCAGCAUAUUCUUGGGGAGGGAAACUCGGAGCUAUUGCGCUUCCUGGAAUUGACGCUUGAAUUUUUGGUCGCCGGUGAUCACUAUGCUCAAAUCGACCUAUACCCCUCCCCCUCCACUGCCCACGGGCUGGACAGAGCACCGGGCUCCUACAGGGCAUUUAUACUACUACAACUCACAGACGAAAAAGUCGACGUACACUAGACCGGUCGCGCCGCCAGUUCAACCUCAACAGCCCGUACACACUCCCGUGGCCGCGCAGAACGCUCCAUUCCUCACUCCGGACACCUUACCACCCUUUUCCUCGACUCCGUACGCGCCUCAUGGACUGGAGGUAUCAUCGCAGGAGAUCCCUCACCGUGGACAAAGCCGUGGAGGCUUUCGCGGAGGAAGAGGAGGCUUUAAUGACCGCAGAAAUCGAGGACCUGAAGAUCGGCCAAAAUCAAAGCAUACGAUACCGGGGUGUGCGCCGUGGGUCCUUGUGAAGACAAAACUUGGAAGGAGAUUCGUUCACAAUCCGGAAACCAAUGAAAGUUUCUGGAAAUUUCCGGAGGAUGUUUUGAAGGGGGUUGUUGAAUACGAUCGCCUAGAGAGGGAACAAAAAGAAAGGAAGGAGCGUGGCGAGGACGUCGAGGAAAGCACAAAAUCAGCCUUCGAACCGGGGCCGGGCCCAGUGGACGGAGGGGAAAGAGAACGAAAAGAGAUUCCUGUCACUGGUGGUCCUGAGAAUGAUAGCGACGAGUAUGAAGAAGUCGAAGUCACGGAUAGCGAAGAGGAAGAAGGCCAACCUACCAAACGCCCGAAAACUGAGGAUGACGAUGACCAAAAGCAACCGAUGGAGUUUACAGAGGAAGAUUUUGAAUAUCAGCUAGCUGCCAUGGGCGAGGACUACGGCCUUGACCCCGGCGAGUACGGCGAGCCAGAAGAAGGCGAUUGGGAGGAAGGUGCCGAAGGACUGCCACUGACGGACGAAGAUGCCACGGCCCUAUUCCGAGAUCUGCUUGACGACUACCACAUAAACCCCUAUGCGACCUGGGAGAAUAUCAUUGAACAGGGCCACAUCAUAGAGGACCCCCGAUACACCGUGCUUCCCAACAUGAAGGCUCGCCGUGAAGUGUGGUCCAACUGGGGUCGCGAUCGAAUUCAGAUGCUGAAGGACCGCAAAGAAAAACAGCAAAAGGAAGAUCCACGCAUCAAGUAUCUCGCGUUCCUUCAGGAGUACGCCACGCCGAAACUGUACUGGCCCGAGUUCAAGCGCAAAUAUCGAAAAGAGCCUGAGAUGAAAGAUUCACAGUUAUCCGACAAAGACCGAGAGAAGUUCUAUCGCGAUUUGGUUUCUCGGCUGAAACAGCCCGAAAGCACCCGCAAAUCUGACUUGUCUGCCUUGCUCAGAUCCGUCCCACUGCAUGAGUUGAACCGCUCGUCAAGUCUGGAAGCUCUUCCGCCUUCCAUCAUCACCGAUCUGAAGUAUAUUGCGCUGGCACCUAAAGUGCGCGAUCCCCUCAUCGAAACCUACAUAACGACCUUGCCUCCAGCCCCGGAGCAGGAAAACAUGACUGCUGAACAGCGGGAGGAACUUGAGAAGAAGAGACUGGAGCGGGAAAAGCGCGAAAGGGCGCUGGCUGAGCGCGAGAAAAAGGUGCAAGAAGAGAAACGAAGACAGAGAGGUGACCUCGUACGUGGCAAGCAUCUCUUGAAAGAGGGUGAAGCCGAGGUCGAAGAGGCCAUGAAGGUUGGCCGAGCCGGACUCCGAAGCUACGUCGAUGCCGACCAAGAGGCAUCAAAGGAUGCAGAUCGAGCGGAGGACCAAUAACUGUAUAACUGAAUCUUAAUUCGCACAUUAUCUGAUAUAAUACAGGGUCACAUCAUUCAUCUUGCUUGACCAGCUGGAUGGACGGCUAUUUUGGCCACCCAAGUCAAAUGCGUGUCGCAACAUCACAAAGUGGCCAAAUCCCAACGGGCAUUCCAGCCCUGGGAUUCACAUAAGUAUUCUGAGACAUUAAGG